AUGACGGAUAUCAAACAAUCACCACUUCCGGGCGGUGCGCUCCCCGAAGAUGAGGCCGGGGUGCCUACUUCGCGCGACCACGGCGUCGUGGCCGUCGAGGCAAAGCAAGCGUCGGACAAAGAACACCAGAUGUCACUCUUCCAGGCUAUCAAGCUUUACCCGAAAGCCAUUGGAUGGUCCGUGUUAGUCUCGUCCACCAUUAUUAUGGAAGGUUAUGACCUCGCUCUGCUUGGGAACCUCUACGCCUCGCCGGUUUUCAACAAGAAAUUCGGUCAGUAUGACGCGGCAGCGGGAAAAUAUGUUAUCUCGGCGGCGUGGCAGUCCGGUUUGUCAAACGGCGCCAGAGCAGGGGAGAUCUUGGGUCUCAUCUUCGCCGGAUGGACUUCGGAUCGCUACGGUUACAAAAUGACCACCAUUGGGUCAUUGAUAUUGAUGAUUUGUUUCAUUUUUGUCUUGUUCUUCGCCCCCAAUGUUCAAGUCUUGGUGGUCGGCGAAGUCCUAUGUGGUAUUCCGUGGGGGGCUUUCCAGAGCGUGACAGCGGCGUAUGCCUCUGAGGUUGCACCUCUGCCACUUCGCCCGGUCCUCACAACUUUCAUCAACCUAUGCUGGGUCAUUGGGCAGUUUUUCGCCGUUGCCGUCAACAAAGGGUCGGUUGAGCGAAACGACGACUACGCCUACAAGAUUCCCUUUGCCGUGCAAUGGGUAUGGCCCGUCCCCAUUCUUGCCGGAAUGAUCUUCGCCCCUGAGUCUCCUUGGUGGUACAUCAGACAUGGGAGAAGGGAGGAAGCGAAGAAGUCCUUGUUACGCUUAACCUCGCGCAACCAGCCCGGCUUCGAUGCCGAUGAGACCAUCGCCAUGAUCGAGCAUACCAAUGAGCUUGAAAAAAAGGCGAAGGAGGGUGUUCGGUUCCGUGAUUGUUUCCAGGGUAUCGACCUCCGCCGGACUGAGAUUGUCGUCGGUAUUUGGCUCGUUCAGACAUUGGGGGGGCAAAACCUGAUGGGCUAUUUUGCCUACUUUCUCACCCAAGCCGGGAUGGAUGCCAGCAACUCUUUUACCCUCUCGCUCUGCCAGUAUGCGCUGGGCAUCAUCGGGACCAUUGGUUCCUGGUUCCUCAUGUCUCGACUCGGCCGCAGGACGAUCCACUUCAGUGGGCUAUGUGCACAACUUACUCUUCUAAUCAUCGUCGGCUGCUUGUCGUUUGGGAACACCAAGGCAUCGGUGUGGGCCAUCGGUGCGAUGUUGAUUGUCUUCACCUUCGUUUAUGAUUUUGCCGUUGGCCCCGUCACGUACUCCCUCGUUUCUGAGUUGUCAUCGACGCGACUCAAGGCCAAAACCAUCGUGCUGGCGCGCGCAGGAUACAACGCCAGCAACAUAUUUGUCAACGUCAUGACCAACUACCAACUUAGCUCUACCGCGUGGAACUGGGGCGCUCGAACGGCAUUCUUUUGGGCAGGUUCAUGUUUGCUGUCCGCCGUGUGGGUGUUCUUCAGGUUACCGGAGCCGAAGGGCCGAACAUAUGCCGAGUUAGACCUGCUCUUUGAGCAGCGGGUACCGGCGAGGAAAUUCGCGGCAACGAAGAUCGACCCGUUCGCGCACUCUAGCGAAAAAAGGGUCUCUGGUGAGACGGUCGAGCACGUUGAGAAGGAGAGGGUUGCUUAA